CCAACCCAACCCGCAGCCGGUUCUCGGAUCUUGGACCUUCUAUUUCGGCGAUCGUCGCCGCCGCCGUCAUCACCACUACUGACGGAACCACCACCGCUACUGCUCCACGGCUAACGGGUUGUUCUUGUUGUUUCCAUGGAGGCACCAACACCAUCAGUCCAAUCCGCAUCCUCCUCGCCGGCGUCGGUGAACCCUACCCAGCCUUCACAACCCUUCCAAACUCCCGCGGAAUCCCUAGUGAAAUCCGAGAUUCCAGCUCCCGAGUCGAACGAAUCACUUCCUCCAGCCGCCUCUUCUAUUCCGGAUUCCUCACCGCCGGUUUCGUACACCAUCACAAUACCCAGUUGCUCCAGUUGGUUUUCUUGGGAUCAAAUUCAUAAGACAGAGAAGAGAACCCUUCCGGAGUUUUUCGAUGAGAGGUCGGCUUCCAAGAACCCAAGCGUCUACAAGUAUUACAGGGAUUCCAUCAUACGACGCUUCAGAUCGAACCCUUCUAGGAAGAUCACGUUCACGGAGGCCCGGCGCGGACUGGUCGGGGACAUUGGAUCCGUACGAAGGGUUUUUGAUUUCCUGGAGGCGUGGGGUUUGAUUAAUUACACGCCUUCCAUGAGGCCGCUGCCAAAGGAGAAAAAGGAGGCGGGGGAUACGGUGGAGAGGAAGGUUAGCUCUAAGAAGCUCUGCAGCAAUUGCAAAUCGCACUGUAGCAUGGUUUGCUUCGUGACGGACAAG